AACUAAUACAACAGUCCAGCCCUCCCCCGAGAAUGGUAUAAAGUAAAUAUAGGAGUUCCUGAAAAAUAACAGUGUGAAUGAGAGAGAUUCUCUGCAGUAUUUAGUGUCCAGUUGUACUGGCUCUGAAGAACAGCGUCGCAAUGCCCCCUCCUGCUGAUAUAGUGAAGGUGGCGAUUGAAUGGCCAGGUGCCUUCCCCAAGUUAAUGGAAAUAGAUCAAAAAAAGCCACUGUCUUCAAUAAUAAAAGAAGUCUGUGAUGGGUGGUCUCUUGCAAAUCACGAUCAAUUUGCACUGCAGCAUGCUGAUAGUUCUAAUUUCUACAUCACAGAGAAGAAUCGUAAUGAAAUAAAAAAUGGAGCCAUCCUUCGAUUAACAACAUCUCCGGCUCAAAAUGCACAGCAGCUCCAUGAGAGGAUCCAGUCUUCUAGUAUGGAUGCAAAGUUAGAAGCACUGAAAGACUUAGCCAACUACUCACGGGAUGUUACAUUUGCCCAAGAAUUUAUAAACCUAGAUGGCAUUUCCCUCCUAACGCAAAUGGUUGAAAGUGGCACAGAACGAUAUCAGAAAUUGCAGAAGAUUAUGAAGCCCUGCUUUGGAGAUAUGUUGUCCUUUACACUGACUGCAUUUGUUGAGCUGAUGGAUCAUGGGAUUGUAUCGUGGGAUACAUUCUCUGUGGCAUUCAUUAAAAAGAUAGCAAGCUAUGUGAACAAAUUUGCCUCGGACAUCUCUAUCUUGCAACGGUCAUUAGCAAUUCUGGAAUCGAUGGUGCUCAAUAGCCAUGACCUGUACCAGAAGGUGGCACAGGAGAUCACAAUUGGGCAGCUAAUCCCACAUCUGCAGGGGACAGACCAAGAAAUCCAGACGUAUACCAUUGCAGUAAUAAAUGCACUCUUCCUUAAAGCACCGGAUGACAAGAGACAGGAAAUGGCAAACAUUUUGGCACAAAAGCAGCUUCGCUCCAUCAUCUUAACUCAUGUUAUCAGGGCACAGAGAGCUAUCAAUAAUGAAAUGGCACAUCAGCUUUACGUUCUGCAAGUACUUACCUUUAAUCUUCUGGAAGACAGAAUGAUGACAAAAAUGGAUCCACAAGAUCAGGCUCAACGGGAUAUCAUAUUUGAACUCCGAAGAAUUGCAUUUGAUGCAGAAUCUGAACCUAACAACAGUAGUGGUAGUAUUGAGAAACGCAAAUCUAUGUAUACUCGAGACUACAAAAAACUUGGAUUUAUUAAUCAUGUAAACCCAGCAAUGGAUUUUACGCAGACCCCUCCAGGAAUGUUAGCCCUUGACAACAUGUUGUACUUUGCUAAACAUCACCAGGAUGCUUAUAUACGGAUUGUCCUGGAGAACAGCAGUCGAGAAGACAAGCAUGAGUGCCCAUUUGGCCGAAGUAGCAUUGAGCUGACGAAGAUGCUCUGCGAAAUACUGAAAGUAGGAGAGCUACCCAGUGAGACCUGCAACGAUUUCCAUCCCAUGUUCUUCACCCAUGACAGAUCGUUUGAGGAGUUCUUCUGUAUCUGCAUUCAGCUCUUGAACAAGACAUGGAAGGAAAUGAGGGCAACUUCAGAGGACUUUAACAAGGUAAUGCAAGUAGUGAAAGAACAGAUAAUGAGAGCGCUCACUACCAAGCCUAGCUCUCUGGACCAAUUCAAGAGCAAACUUCAGAAUCUCAGUUACACAGAAAUACUGAAAAUACGCCAGUCUGAAAGAAUGAACCAGGAAGAUUUCCAGUCUCGUCCAAUUCUGGAACUAAAAGAGAAGAUUCAGCCUGAGAUCUUAGAACUGAUCAAGCAACAACGUCUCAAUCGACUUGUGGAGGGCACCUGCUUUAGGAAACUCAACAGUCGGCGUCGGCAAGACAAAUUUUGGUAUUGUCGACUUUCACCUAAUCACAAGGUCUUGCACUACGGAGACUUGGAAGAAAGUCCCCAGGGAGAAGUCCCUCAUGAUUCCUUGCAAGAUAAAU